AUUCCCAUACCUAACUAAGACCGAACCGGAGUAAACCAACAUUGGCACAACUACAUAAAGUCAAAACUUUGGCAAGACCGAAGCACACAAUUAAGAGGCUCGUCCCCCAAAAAAGAAAAAAAAAACCUUUAGUUCUUCGUCCUCCCUCGAGACAAUAACGGCAGUGAUGGCUGAUUUCGUACCACCGUCUAUGAAGGAACAAGCCGAUGAGAAAGUUGAUAACUCGAACCUCACUUGUCCCGUUGGAUAUGAAUAUAUCGAUAUAGAAGCUUACAAUAUUUUAGACCGUGGUUAUUUCAGAAGUUUACAUUUGAACUACUCCCCAGCCUUUUUUGAUGGAAACUUUUGUAUCAGUUCAACGAUGGCGCCAGGAACAUAUUAUGGACUUAGUGCCUACUACUUGAACACAAAGCUGACACUUACUGGAGGUGUUACUACUGAUGGUAGACUAACCGCGACAGUGAAAUACGCUAUAACUGAUAAGUUGACUGUGAGGGCAUAUACAAAUCUAAGAAAUGAGUCACGUUUGUCCAUCACAAAAGUCAGCUUAGAAUACAUGGCUCUAAACUACAGAGCUCGAUUUAAACUCGGGAGCAAUGACCUAACUGCAGCUACAUAUAUCCAGCGUGUUACACCCUGUCUAUCUUUGGGUGGUGAGGUCUUUUGCACCAAUGUGCCUCAAGAGUCGGGUGUAGGUUAUGCUGCAAGAUACGAGACUGAUAAGAUGGUUGCAUCUGCCAAAGUUAUUAGCAAUGGUAAGGUAUCUAUGACCUAUGUUCAUAAGUAGGGCUGGGCAAAAUAACCGAUAACCAAAUAACCGACCGAAACCGAACCGAAAAAAUCCAAACCGAACCG